UUCGGAAAAUUAUUCAUCCGGUUUUGCUACAAAAGAAUUUUGUAUUUAUUUAUUCAGUUAUUUUUACGUUUUCUGCAAUUCAUAAUAAACCGUUGAGAAUGGUGUGAAUAAUAAUUAUGGAAAUAUUAUAACAUUAGCUACAUAAAACACGAUAUGUUUCAAAGAUAAUUUCAAAAGUGAACUUUAAGUUUGCGAAGAAGUUGUAAAACAGCAUCUAAUAAAGCCAUAGAAAUGGAUGAAGUUACAGAGGCCCAGUCAUCAUCAGAGCCAGAACCACCGCCAGCUGCUGUUACCAUUCGAAGAACACUUACAAUGAAAAACAAUGCUGCAAGACAGGUUGCUGUCAACUUCAUGCCUUCUAGGCAGUUGCCUUAUAACACAAUACGUCACCGGCGAGCAAACUCGGAGCACAAUAUGUUAAUGGAAGAAGUGGCAGAGGUGGAAAGUGGCGAUACAACGGAUGCGCAGGCAAACAUCAUCGUUCGGGAGAUGGAACAGCAUCAUCAGUUGAUGGAGGAUAAUCCGGAGGCUGAAGAGCGCAGAAGGGAAGCUCUAAGAGAUCUAGCUCAAGGUUUAACAAUGAAGAGACACGUACGUGCCAAACUGUCAGCCUCUGUCAGCCUGCGUUCGAAGCGAAAACCCAUCUCCAUGUGGAAGCGGUUGAAGUAUAGAAUCAGUUUUGGGAUAAAAAGGAGCCGUGAACGCUUCCGCGACUUUAUCUUCUCCAUCGAACUCUGGUAUGAAGCCAUCCGUGCUAUUGAAGGCAACUUCGGUUCCGCCGUUGGUUCCUACUUCCACCUGCUGCGUUGGUUGUUCGCCGCUGACGCUUUGCUGGCUGUUUUGGUGGUGUUAUUCAUCGUUUUGCCUCAGGCAUUGCACAAUGACGUUGCGAAGCACACUACUGGAGGAGGUUGGGGAUUUAUGGCCUUUAUUAGUGGGACUGGUGCAUAUGCUGACUCUCUGCUGUUCUACGGCCAUUAUCAUGACGGUGAUAUAUCGACCUCUAGUCCGUUGACCUACAAUAUGCCAUUUGCUUAUUUCUUCACUAUGGUUUGUCUGUAUUUGGCUAUAUUCGGCGUUCUUUGCUUCAGAACCGCAUAUUCUUAUCGCCGCAAUUUCAUCGAGACAGCAGGUGGCUUACAUCAUGUGUUCGCUAGCAAAGUGUUUUGUGGGUGGGACUUUGGCAUAGUAGCGGAACACGCCGCCUCUCUUAAUGCUACUAGCAUUUAUAAUGAAUUAAAGGAACUCUUAAACGAACGGAACAAACACAAAGAUGAAAUUUCACUAUGCACAAAAAUAGCGCAAAAGUUAACAAAUAUCAUCGUAACGUGUUUCGUAUUGGCCAUAAUCGUGGGACUAGAAUGGGGGUUCUGGAAGUUACUGAGUGUCGGUUUAAUUGCACCGCAUUGGGAGGUCGUAGUGUCAGUGACAGUGGUGUUCUCUGUUGCUCUGUUACCAGUGGUAUUUAGUGCCAUUGUUCGAUUAGAGUACUACAAACCUCGUACAGCUUUAUACGUAACACUAGCAAGAACUUGGCUUCUUGAUGUUGGAACCUUAAUGUUGCUGUUUUAUUAUUGGACUCAGUCGGGCAAAGAUUGUUGGGAGACAUCGUUCGGGCAAGAAGCAUAUCGACUUGUUUUGCUAGAUUCCUUGAUUUCCUUGUUUCUCUUGCCGCUCUUUGAAAUCGUCAGAGGCAUGCUUUUUAAGUUAUACAAAGUGGGCAGUCCUCCCGAGUUCUACAUAGCCUACAACUCGCUAACGUUAAUAUACAACCAAGCGGUUCUAUCAUUCGGACUGAUGUUCUCUCCUCUGUUGGUGGUUUGCGUGACGCUGAAGCUGUUACUGCUGUUCUACGUGAAGCAGCAGUGCGCGUUGAGGGCUUGCCAGCCUGCUGGGAAGAUCUGGCGAGCCUCACAAACACAUACGGUGCUAUACAUGCUAGUGACUCUGUCUUUGUUUACUACUUUGUUUGGAUUUGGUUCUUUGUUCUUCAAGAUAUCCUCCCAAAAAUGUGGCCCCUUCCGCGAGUACAAGUACGUGUACGAAGUGCUGAGCGAAGGGGUCUUGGGCCUGUCAAACCACGCGAUGCUGCACAGGAUGCUAGCGUUCACUACCAGACCGGGGGUCAUUGCGUUUGUUAUACUCUCUUUGGGCGUGGCAGUGUACUACAUGCGUGCGAAAGCCCUUGCGCAAAACUCGAUGGUGCAGAUACUGCGGCAGAUGCUCGUUCUGCAGGCCAAGGAUAAAGACUUCCUGCUCGCUGCCAUCGCCAAGGUCUCCAAUGGAGAAUGGCUAUACAGCCCGAAGCCGGAAGACGAGGGCCCUGACAGCCACACGUGGAAGUUCCUCAAUGAGGUUCGGAGACCUUCCAAUGCUGGGUACCACUUUGACGCCAGUCGACUUAGUCAGGGGCGUCCCCGUUCGUACGUUCGCGAGAACAGCAGACAUAGUACGCAUUUGGAGCGACCAAAGUCCAGCGAUGGGGAAACAGACAGCUCGUUCAGCUGGAAGGGGUCCAGCAACUGCUUGAACCAGAAGGGAGAAGCUGAGGAGGUGAAAAAGUGGAUAUAGAACACACUCGCCUGUUUACUUCCAUAGGGCCAUAACGCACACACUAUACAACGUAAUAGUACGUUGUGUAAAGGGGGGAAAUAAGAAAUUAUUAAUGAGAGUUUCUUAGAACAGACAGUAAUUUUUACCGCCCGUGCUACAUACUACAUACAUACGUAAUGUUUUUCAUCACGUAAGCGAGGAAAUAGAUACAACGAUAAUUUAUUUCUUGUAUGAUUAAAUGUCGCUUCACAACACAUCAUUUACAGAUUUUGGAAAUGGCGUGUUUUGUUUUUUUAAACAGAUUGCAAGCUAUUCUUCCAGAGAUAAAAUAACUCGAACUAACAUGUUAUAAAAGGCACAGGCGCAAGCAACUACAAUAAUAGAUAUAAAAUAAAUAAUUUCCAAAUUCUAAAAAUAAUAUGGAAUUUGAAUUCGCAAAAUAAAUUUAGUAAAAAUAUAAUAAAAUUG